AGUCGUCGCGCACUGCCAUUGGUUGGUUCAGGUCCCGUUCGGCUAAUCACCGACGCGGUAUGGAGCUGGGCCCCGGCAGCCUGGGCCGGGGUCUGUCACUGUGAUCUUGGCCGCCGGAUGGAACAGGGAAGCCCCGGAACUCUAACCGGGGCCGUAUCCGAGCCCCGGCAGAUGGAGCUGGACAGCGGACUGGGCUCCCGGCUCAGGGGCAGAGCCAAAUGUCGAAGCCUGUCCGCGUCCCCUGCCCUCAUCACCAGCAAGGUGUCCAGGAGGACACAGUCACUGCAUGGGCCAAGCCCAGCCACCAAGUUUGGACCAAAAGCUUGCAUGCUGCAGAACCCUAAGGCUGUGAUGCACAUUCAGGAUCCCGCUAGUCAGCGGCUGACGUGGAACAAACCCCCCAGGAGUAUCUUGGUCAUCAAAAAGAUUCAAGAUGAUCGGUUACUUCAACCAUUUAAAGAGCUUUGCAUCUUCCUUAUGGAGGAAAAAGAAAUGAUUGUUUACAUAGAAAAGAAAGUACUUGAAGACCCCACCAUAGCCAAUGAUGAGAGUUUUGGACCACUUAAGAAAUUAUGCACUUUUAGAGAAGGCUUUGAUGAUUUGUCAGAUCGGAUCGAUUUUAUAAUUUGCCUCGGAGGUGAUGGCACUUUACUUUAUGCAUCAUCUUUAUUCCAGGGUAGUGUCCCACCGGUGAUGGCUUUCCAUCUUGGCUCCUUAGGAUUCUUGACACCAUUCAACUUUGACACCUACCAGUCACAGGUUACGCAAGUGAUUGAAGGGAAUGUCGCCAUCACCCUGAGGAGCAGGCUCAAGGUGAAAGUGGUGAAAGAACACCAUCCUGACCAUCAGCACGGACUGGAGGAGAACGGGCUGAUCAACACCAUGUGUGGGGAUGUCCACCCAAGGAAACAGGUCACCCACUACCAGGUCCUGAAUGAAGUUGUGGUUGACCGUGGUCCUUCUUCGUACCUCUCUAAUGUGGACUUGUUUCUGGAUGGACGCCUUAUAACCACGGUGCAGGGAGAUGGGGUAAUCGUCUCGACGCCGACAGGAAGUACGGCGUAUGCAGCAGCAGCAGGAGCAUCCAUGAUCCAUCCCAACGUGCCAGCGAUCAUGAUCACGCCCAUCUGUCCUCAUUCGCUCUCCUUCCGGCCCAUCGUCGUCCCGGCAGGAGUGGAGCUGCAGGUAAUGCUGUCUCCGGACACCAGGAAUACUGCCUGGGUCUCGUUCGAUGGUCGGAAGCGGCAGGAGAUCUGUCACGGGGACAGCAUUUCCAUCACUACCUCUUGCUACCCGGUGCCAUCGAUCUGCUUCAGGGAUCCUGUGAAUGACUGGUUUGAGAGCCUAGCUGAGUGUUUACACUGGAACGUGCGGAAGAAGCAGGGUCAACUGCCAGGGUUGAAGGAGAACUGAGCAGAGGCCCUCUCCAAGCCUGGAGAACCGUCCUCGGCUUCUGAACUUCACCAACACCAUUCCGACAAAUCUGAAGAAUUGGACUUUGCCUGGUGUGCCUUGAACACUGAAACAAACUUCAUAGCUCCCCUCUUUCCACCACAUUUGGUUUUGAUUUGGAACAGUUGAGGUUUGAACACAAGUUGUUGAUGAAGCGUUUGAAACUGUGAGCUUCAUACAAAAAUUGUGGUGUUGUGUUUCUAACGAUGAUGUUCUUUAAUGUGAUCACAGACUGGAUGUGGAGGAUUUGCACUGAUAUUUCUCAAACAUCUGUGUCAUAUCAGGAGCUUGGAAGUGACACAUUGAUUGCUUUGACUUAUAUCAUUCUGAGAUUGGAGUAAGCCCCGAGACAACAGCACAUCACUGAGGGGUUUUGACUUCGAGUUCGGAGCCCUGUCUACUGCAGGUACCCCAUGGGAAACGUUGCAUGUGAUGACCUUUCUCCUGCACUCUGUGAGCCCAAGGUUAGCCACUGCCACAGACCACCAUGCGUCAAGGGUGUGACACCUCCCCCUAGUCUGCACCUUCUGGCCUCCACAACACUAAAACAUUUUGUUGUAAAAUUUGUUGCCCUCAAAGUUUGUGAGCACUUCAAGAAAUGGAGACUACUUUGGUUGUUUGAAGCAAUAAAACACACAUAUGUUCUUUAUUGAUUGAAGAUGGUGAGGUGAUUAUAUCAAAAUUUACUACAGUUAAACUUAAGUGUUUAAGUAUUGAGAUCAAAAGAACAUUGCUUUAAGUGCAGGUAAGGGAAAACUCUGCUCCCUUCCAAUGUCCCAGGUCUCAGCAAUUCCUGAUGGUGAAAUACAAAGUCUGCCUUGUGCCUCCCACUCGGUUUGAAUGUAACUUCCAUAAGACCAUAAAGACAUGGGAGCAGAAUUAGGCCAUCUGGCCCAUUGAGUCUGCUCCACCAUUCCAUCAUGGCUGAUUUAUUACCCCUCUCAACCCCAUUUCCUGCCUUCUCCCUGUAACAUUUGAUGCCCUGACUAAUCAAGAACAUAUUAACCUCUGCUUGGUUUGAAUGUAACUUCCAUAAGACCAUAAAGACAUGGGAGCAGAAUUAGGCCAUCUGGCCCAUUGAGUCUGCUCCACCAUUCCAUCAUGGCUGAUUUAUUACCCCUCUCAACCCCAUUUCCUGCCUUCUCCCUGUAACAUUUGAUGCCCUGACUAAUCAAGAACAUAUUAACCUCUGCUUGGUUUGAAUGUAACUUCCAUAAGACCAUAAAGACAUGGGAGCAGAAUUAGGCCAUCUGGCCCAUUGAGUCUGCUCCACCAUUCCAUCAUGGCUGAUUUAUUACCCCUCUCAACCCCAUUCUCCUGCCUUCUCCCUGUAACAUUUGAUGCCCUGACUAAUCAAGAACAUAUUAACCUCUGCUUUAAAUAUACCCAAUAACUUGCCUCACAGCCAUCUGUGGCAGUUAUUUCCACAGGUUCACAUAUUACUCACUGAAUCCUAAGGUCAAGACUUUCCCAUGGGUCAAUAUCACUCACUAUAUUAGAGACAGAGUUAUUAGAUCAGUGGGUUUUGAACCUGAUUUACAUAUCACCAGCACUGUAACAAGCUCCUCAGGCAGUUGGACAAUGUUUUGUUCCUGGCACCCAGAAAGAAUGAUUGGCUGGGUCUCAGAGCAUCUUGUUGCUUUGUGUGUUGGUCAAACUUGGUAGCAUCUGUGGGGAAAACGAAUUCUCAACAUCUCAGAUUGAAACCCUGAACCAGGCCUGUACAGGGUUUUGACCCCAAUAGUUGACAAUUCUGUUCCCUCCAUAGAUGUUGCUUGAACUGCUAAGUUUCUCCAGCAGAUUGUGUGUCUCUCCACAUCCCAACGUCUGCAGUCUCCCGUGUCUCCAAGAAAGUCUCAUUCCUUUUUUUGGUGAUCAGUCACCUGGUUGUGGAGGUGGCUGAUCUUUCAGAUGACUGGACAAGGCUUAAAUCUUGACCCCUCCUGCAGAGGGCACUGACGUCGCUGGUGCUGGAAUUCAUUUUGAUUUUCACAGUUUGGUGUUGUUCAAUCCAUCAUUGUGACUCGUGCAGCCAGGGUUCAUGAUGAGAUAGAAAGUGUGCACAGGGGAGUUUGGACAAUUCUGCUGUUGUGUGUGAGUGUCUGUCUGUAUGUGAGGGUAUGUUUGUAUGAGUGUGUGAUUCCUGCAAGAGUCUGAGGGUAAUGGGGAGAGAAUGAAUCUAUCCCUCCCUGGAGGAGGGGUGUUCAGAGAGAGAGAGAGAGAGAGAGAGAUGUGUCCAGUCUCUGUCCACAGCAGAGUGGUCAAGGCAGCAUCCCGGGGUUGCUGUUCCAAUCCAAGAACCGGAUUCUGUCUGGACCCUUACUGUUUUAAUCCACAACAGGAGAGUUGCCUGUGCUUAGCUUCCACAUACCUGCACUCGAGCUUGUGUACUUUACCUAUGCCAUCUGAAAAUGGCUGCCUGCUAUAUAUUUCACUCACAGACCUGAACUUUCAAAGGUUUGCUGGUUGAGUCUUCGUUGACAUUGUGCUGUAAAGUAUUAAUUUAUUAAGAAGCUGUGUUUGUUAUAAGCAGAUCUCUUUGCUACCUUGGGUGGAAUGCUGGAAUGUGAGGGUCAUAAUUUUCUGUGUUAACACGUUAUACAGCAGUUGGAAGGACUUUCCAAGUUAGCUUCUGCAGAAGGUCCGUGGCCUCCUCUUCUGUCACAAGGAGGCCACUCUCAGGUUGGAGGAGCAACAUAUUUUGUCUAGAUAGCCUCCAACUUGGUGGCAUGAACAUCAAUCUUUUUUUUCCAACUUCCAGUAAUGUUUUUCCCUCCCCUCUUUUCAAUUCUCCACUCUGGCCUCCUCCUCACCUGCCUGUCACCUCCCCCUGGUGCUCCUCCUCCUUCCUUUUCUCCCAUGAUCCACGAUCCACUCAUAUCAGAUUCCUCCAUCUCUAGCCAUUUACCUUUUCCACCUAACAUUUCCCAGCUUCUUACUUCAUCCCCUAUGCCCCACACACUUGGCUUCACCGUUCACCUUCUAGCUUGUCCUCCUCCCCCUCCCUGCAACUUCUUACUCUGGCAUCUCCCUCCUUCCUUUCCAGUCCUGAAAAAUGGUCUCGGCCCAAAACAUCCAUUUAUUCAUUUCCAUAGAUGCUGCCUGACUUGCUACGUUCCUCUAGCAUUUUGUGUGUGUUGAUAUUUAUAACCCACCUGAUUCAUUUAAAUCACCAUAGAUUUUUAAUUAGUCAUUCUUAUUUACUUUCCAAAAGUAUCGUGUGCAGCGGACUGCAACCUUUUGAUACUGGGCCAGUGUAAACAUCCCAGAUAUCAGAAUAUUUACCAAUACCUGGAGAUGUGGUUAAAAUUGUGCAGAAUUUAAACUUAAACCAACUGCCUCUUGUAAAUAAAUCACUUUAACCUGUGCAAUUUUAUCACAACUGAGUUUUUUAGUUAAGUUAAAUACUGUUGAUUUACAAUUAUGAUAAUUGUCACAGUCUGUAUCAGUCUCUGCUGGGUCUGAUUUGAAAUUUACCAGUUGUAUAGCAACAUGGGAGCUUCUUGAUAACCUGUUUGACAAUGUCCAAUGUUUCUGAAGUUCCUAUUUAGGAUUUUUACUCAGUUUUGGGGGUUUUUUUGUAACCGAAUAAAAAGUGGAUAAAGCAGUAACAAAGUUUAGCCAUUGAACUUGGUAAUAACAAAUUAACUAGCUUCUGAAUUUGAACUGGGAUCAUGCUUUUUGUUUGAGACUAUGUUUGUUGGAUAAUGAGUAAAAUUGUCACAUGUAGGACACUAUUUUUCAAAUCUUUUACCAAAUAAAUUAACCUGUAUUUUAUAGAA